GAAUAUAUGGAUCCUAUCAAAUAUUAAAAACACAAUAUAAUUUUUACUAUUGUAUGCUUGAGUAUACAAUAAAAUAAUUAAAGAGACAUCUUUGUAAAAUGUGGGCUGGAGAGAUAAAGAAAGAAGUUGUAACUUCGAUGGUUCAUACAUAUCCAUUAUGUAAGUACAGUGAUAUGCCAGAGGAAAUGAAGCAGGAAGCCAUGGAAACCUGUGUCACCGCUGUGGAAAAAUAUUCAGAGAAUUACGAGCAUGCAGCUCGCAUGAUCAAAGAUAAUCUGGAUAAAAAAUUUGGUCCACCAUUCCAAGUAGUCGUCGGAGAAGCUUAUGCAUGUGCAACUACAUAUCAAGAGAAUUCUCUAUUAUAUAUGUUUAUUGGAGGUAACAUAGCAGUUGUUCUAUGGAGGACGGUUACAGGUUUUUGAUAAAUUUUACAUGCGAAAGAUAAAUACGUACUUUCAAAUAUUAUCAUGUAUAUGAAUUUUCUAAAUAUGUUAUGUAUUAUUAUUAUCUUCUUACAAACAAAUACUUUAAUGUUGAAUCUUAUAUAUUCUUACACAUA